AUGGCGGCUUAUGCAGCUUUGGUCUCUCUCAUGCAUCUCAUAGAUGACAUCGAGAACCAUCACUCCCCACCCAUCUCUCUUGACAAACACCAAAUUCAAUCUCUCACUGAAAAUGUUACCUUCCUGCAACAAUUUCUCCAAGCUUACAAGUCUCUUGUUUCUGAUAGCGAUGAAGCAGAUCCACUGGAGAUGCGUAUUGCUGAUGCAGCUUAUGCAGCCGAGGAUGUUAUCGAAUCUCAUAUUGUUGACAAGAUUCAGCACAAUAGACCCGAAGCAACCAAACCCAGAUGCUUCUUCAAUUGGUUUCGAGGUUCAAAGGAUCCACGAAAUGUCUCAUCAAAACAUGAUGGUAUUGAUGAUGAACCGGCUAAGCUGUAUCAAGCAGUAAAAAAUGUGAUAGAAGAAAUGGAUCGGAUCAAGAAAGUGGCGAUGGAGAUCAGCACGGAGAAGGUGGUGGUGGUCCAUGAUCAACAACGUAGAUUCGUCCCUUUUUCUAGUGGGAUGAAGGGUAGUGGCAAGAAGGUGUUCUCUGAUCAUGUCUUGCAUGGGAUCAUGGAAAAGCUCAUGUCAAAUGAAUCCGGUCGCCAAGUCAUACCCAUAAUAGGUAUGGGUGGAAUAGGUAAGACCGCUCUUGCUCAAGCUGUUUAUUCAGAAAAAGCUAUUAAGGAGCAUUUUUAUAUUUGUGCUUGGGCUACUAUCUCCGAACAAUACAACACUAGAGAAAUUCUACAUGAACUUGUUUCUCAAGCCACUAAGAAAGACAAGGAACAACUUAGUGAAAUGGGUGAACAUGAAUUGGGAUUAGAGCUCUACCAAUACUUGCGGGGUAGAAGGUUUUUAAUUGUAAUGGAUGAUAUGUGGAAUAUUGAAUCUUGGAACGAGAUACAAAAUUUCUUUCCUAACAAUGGAAAUUCCAGUCGUAUAAUAGUAACGACUAGGCUAUCACAAUUGAGUUCUCAAUUAAACAAUCAUUAUAGCCAUUGA